AUGGCAGAUGAUUCCUCGGGAAAACAAUUAAAAGCCCAAAGUGUCGAUGAAGAUCAACCAGUUGACACCGAUGGUUUACCAGCGCCUGCGUCUGCUAAAACCUGGAGUGACCAGUCAUCAGACUCCGGAUUAAUACGGCACAAACCUCAACUGAGAACAGUUUGGUUACAGUCAGAUUCAUCUUGCAUCGACUUUGACGUAAUCACCGUUCAUGGCAUACGGGACGAUGAGAAAACUGCCUGGAGAAGGGGCAAUAGGACUCCGUGGAUCGUGGAUAGUUUAUUCCAUCCAAGAAAGAUUGUGCAGGCCGAUUACGCGUAUGAUAUUGACGAAGACGCAAUAUUGUAUGAGCCUGGAGGCAUAGAGUUUUAUGCUGAAGAUCUCAUCUGGCGAUUCUCGCGAUUCCGUCAUCCGCUUAGAAAGCCAGCGGACCGCCAUCCGAUCAUAUGGAUUUGCCAUGAUUUAGGCGGCACUAUAGUGAAAGAGGCUCUACGUUUAGCACUAAUGAAUCCUCGCAAAUAUGGGGACAUUGCUAUGCUAACAACCGCAAUUAUCUUCUUGGGAACCCCCCAUCGGUUUCGAUCCAUCCACCAUGCUGAAGAUCAGCUCCACGACCUUUUGCUGCAUCCUGGUCCUGAGAUACAGAUCAAACUGUUGGACAAGAUUAGAAAUCUAGCUACUCAAGUGAAAAGGAUUAAUGACAGCUUCCUAGACACGAAGCUGCUAAAUCACGCUACUAUUUUUAACAUUGUCGUCGACAGUUUGCGAUAUCAACGUGGCAGCAGCGAUGUAUCUACCCCAGAAGGAUCGGAGCCAUACAAUAGACUCAAUCCGACUACCGCAUUUUCACUACAUACACAGACAGCCGGACACGCAUUUGAAGCCAUCGGCAGGCAUACGAUCAAGGUCACGGGUUCUGUUGUUGGCGAUGGGGGGCCUGUGUGGGCUCGCGUCUUAGCUGACAGACUUAACCGCAUCGGCUGCAACAUCGAGAUAGGCCACGAAAUGCUCCAGAUUCAAGCCCGUCUAUUAUCUUUGGCUCCUCCAACUAUCAACCCAGACACGCCUUUCUAUGCAACAGGGCCAGUGCCUCUAGUCUUAGACUGGAUUAAAGAGCAAACGCCGUACACCAAUCUUGACAAAGCGGGUACAGGAUUCCGGUUCCUACACCUUUACGCCAGUGAAGGUUCUCUAGUGGACAUCAAAUAUAUUUCUCGCCUGCUCUAUUUGGAGAGAGAUCGCGAUUCACCGAUACCAAAACGAUCCACCAUCUAUUUUGAGUUUGACCAGUGGGACACCAGAUACAAUAACAUCUCGUCUAUGCUUAUCUAUGUGAUGAGCACGAUUUUGUCUCAUUUCUUCAAAACGCCGAGCAAAGGUUUGAUCUUCGAACUCAACUCCAUGAGUGAAAUGCAGGCCUGGUCACUUGACGAUGUGUACUAUGUGUACCGCUUGCUACGCAUUUAUUCUUCCGGCACCCGUGAACUGACCAUCUUUAUUAGCUGCUUCGACCAAUGCCCUAGAGAUCAACGACGAUGGUUUCUGGAGCGUAUAUUGGAAGAACAACAUUACAAUGAGAGUGAAUAUCGUCUUAUUUUCUCAACCUCUACUCGAGGUGGCCUGGAUGUUGAAACAUUCCCGGACACGGCCGGCAUUAAUAUUGAUGAUUGUCCGUCUAUGAUUAGUUUGAAAGAGGAAGAAGCCCAAGAUCUCUUGCUAGGACUGGAAAGGUUAUUGAGGAGCCGUCCAAUAUAUCAAAGCUUCCGUCAGUCACUGAAAAGUGUGCUUGAAGAGUGCGAAUCUGCACCGUUUCUUGGACACUGUAUCCUGAAUUGGCUUCAAGAACUCCCCCGAGGCAAGCCAAAAUCAGAAAUUGCGGAUAUAAUACACAGCCUUUCCCCGGUAACGGUGGAGAAUACAGUUCAUGUGAUGAUCUCAUCCCUUGGAUCGGAACGCAAAGCGAGAGCCGAGAAAAUCUUCAACUGGAUCAAGCACGCUGCGGAACCGUGGACACUCGAAUCCUUAUCAGAAGCCCUUGUGGUGGACGAAUUCUACGAUAAAGAGCCUUAUUUGAGUGAUAUUAAUCCACGUAAUUUGGCAGCAGAGAUGGUGAAAUUCCUUGGGGGAAUCAUCACCGUCAAGAACCGUGAUGUGAAAUUUGUUCAUCACUCCUUUUAUGCCAUACCUGAGCUAGGGAUCGAUGGGGGAAAUGAUGAUCGAGCGGCCCAAGUCAAUUGCUCUAUAGCAAAGGUUUGCCUGCGCUACUUACAACUCCAGGAAGCGCAAGAAGCACUUCACGAGUUUUCCUCGGCGGUAUUAUCCGAAGACAGAGACGACGAAGCACUCAUUGACACUGUCGUCAUAUAUCGCCCCAGAACCAGUCUGGCGGAAUACGCCGUGCAAUUUUGGCCUCGUCACUAUAAAGCCUGCGCCAAUAUCAAACCUAGACAUCUCGUACGUGAGUUGUUUGCCAACAUGAAAUCCAGAGGCCAUUGGGAGACAAUGUUUUGGCUUCUAUCCGACCCCUUUAUCCGACCAAAACGAAGUUACAUCUCUGAAAUGCCCAUAUAUGCCAUGCUGGGCCUAGAAGACCUUGUUAAUGAAUUGUUGCAGACCAGAACUGGACAACCCUUCUUUCAAAUGGAUUGCUGGUUCGCCAUUUCAGAAGCAGCUCGGGGGGGCCAUAGUGGCAUAGUUGGCAAGCUGUUGCAACAUGUGUCAGUGGACGACGAAGAGCUCAAAAACGCUCUAUGUUGGGCAGCUGGUCAAGGAAACCCAGAUACUGUCAGACUUCUGGUCGAGAAAGUACCAAAUUUGAAGACUUUUAAGUGGCCGGAACUCCUGUUCCAUCGAGCCUCUUGUAUUGGGCUCAAUGAUCUCCUCACAACCAUACUGCAGUCUACAUGUAGAGACGACAAGAAUGGGUUUGACGAGCUCUAUAUGCCAACUGCGAUCAGUAACGCAGUGCUGUGGAAUUGUGCUUCUUCCGCAGAGAUCUUAUUAGCGUCCGAUCAUAAGCCGGAUUUCAGUAGGAAUCAUUCCGACAGAGGCGAUCUACUUGUCAUGGCUGCCGUUUGCGGAACGCCUCUGAUGGUCAAAAUGGUCUUAAAAGCGUACGGACUUUAUGGAGAUGGGUCAGAAUUAACUCUAGGCGCAAUCAUGCAUUCGAGACAUGAAGCAUUAAAGUUGAUCAUCAAAGCCGGUAUCAACUUUGUGAGUACUGAAGAUGACGAAGCUGGCAAAAUCUCUUUAAGACCACAUUUGUUUACGGCCGCUAAGCGUGGUGCAACAGAAUGCGUCCGAACUUUACUCAGCUACGCAGUUAAACCAGAUAUCUUGGGCACCGUCCAUUUGGCUUUGUACCAGGCCGUUGAAAAUAGGCAUACGGACAUUGCCCGCCUGUUGCUCGAUUAUAAACCAAACCAAGACUUGUAUCGGCAAUUUCCCAACAAACCUAUGUUUUUAUCAAUAGCAAUCGAGACAGGGGACACUGAGCUUGUCUCAAUGAUGAUCCAACACGGCGCCGAAGUCAAUGACUUUGAUCCAUACUAUCUCUAUUCAAAGACGCCGCUUUCACUAGCUUGUGCUGAGAAACAAUUAGAGAUUGUGAAGCUCUUGGUUCAGAGUGGUGCAGAUAUCAAUUACACUGGAAGUGCUCCCAAGCCUCCACCUUCCAACCCUCCGCUCAUCUCUGCCCUAUUGUAUGGUGGCAAGGAAUUCGCUGAAUAUAUACUGCAAGAUCAAAAGGUUGAUGUCUACAAGGAAGCUCCUGAUGGAAUAACUGCACUCAUUGCUGCCACCGAAUACCCUUCAAUCGUUCGACAGCUACUCGCAAAGGGUCUUCCUAUCAGCCAUAUCAACCAAGACAGUCUCAUCUUCACUGCACUUUCCAGAGCUGUUGUAUUGAAUGAGCCCGAGAGCAUUAAAAUUCUGAUCAAUCAUGAUCCUAAACCCGAUUUAGAGGCCGUUCAUGGACAGUAUACUGGAGAGGAAGUCUUGAUGGGAUACACAGCUCUCCAACUUGCCUGCUACUGGUAUUAUUCGGAAUGUGUCAGGCUUCUCAUAGAUGCAGGGGCGAAUGUAGGUUUCCGGAAUAGUAAAGGCGAAGACGCACUCGAUAUCUUGUUGGGUGGAAAUCAAGGCUCCAAACAAGCAGAAGAGUGUUUUAGGCUACUGCUGUUCAGCCGCAACAGUAUUAAUGCAGGCUAUAUCAACGAGAAGCGCCAGACUCGACUCCAUUUCAUUCAAACAGGUACAAGAGUUUCAAUAGUUGAGCUAUUAGCCGCAGCCGGGGCCCCAAUCGAUACUCAGGAUGAAGAUGGAUAUACACCACUGGCUAUCGCCGUCAGAGAGGAAAACUCAAGCGUCGCCAGGUAUCUUGUUAAGCGUGGGGCCAACGUCAACAUAUUCGGUCCCAAAUUUGGCAGCAUUCUACAUCUGGCUGUCGAGAUUGGCGACCUGAGCCUUGUUAAGUUUCUCGUUGAUGCUGGGGCCGAUCGCGAAGCAGUUGAUCCCAAGUAUGGCAAGUCGUUAUUAUACACGGCGCUCGACAUUAGAGACGACUGGAAACUUAGGAGAAUGGUCAAGUAUCUUGUGGAUGAAGCCAAAGUACCAAUCAACAAAUUUGGUGGUAUUUUGGGCUAUCCUAUCAUUUCCGCGGCGAAAUCGGUCGGAAACCCUGUCACGCUUAUCAGAAUUAUCAAGUUCCUCAUCCGGCGUAAGGUUGAAGUAAAUGUCGCUGACAGCCAAGGAAGAACCGCGCUACAUUUUGCAUGCGUAUCAGCAUCUCUGGAGCGUAUGAAAGCUUUGGUUGAAGCCGGUGCGAAUGUUGACACAAAAGACAAGUUUGGUCGAUUGCCAAUACACUUUGCGGCGGGAACGGAUUUAACAGUUUCAACGGAUCCCGUCACAUAUCUUUUAGACCAGUAUAAAGACAUGGACAUUAAUGUGGCAGACCAAGAUGGCUGGACUCCUCUGAUGUGGGCAGCAAGAUCGGGCUCUGCAGAUAUCAUCACCAUGCUGAUUGAGCGAGGUGCUGACGUAUGGGUUCGAGGUCGUGCAAUUGGCGCUGGAGGAGAGUGGUCAGCAUUGAAGCUGAUGAACUUUUCAGACAACAACACAGCCUUGAGGCAUUUGCUGGAGCCCAAAGAGCGUGUCCGAGUAACCUCUGAGGGCAUAGAGGAGGAGUGGGAUGGUAACAUCCAUGAGAUUAAGCCGGGGGAUAGGAAACCCUAUUAUUGCGACAGCUGUUUUAUGGACGUUGUAGGUCGCCAGUGGAAAUGCGUCGAUUGCUCAGAUGACUUUGCGCUUUGCUUCAAAUGCUUCAAUCACCGAUCCGACUUGCACGAUUUAACACAUACCUUUCAGGUCAUUGAGCCAUUGUAUCGUGAAGAAGACUCCAAGAGCGACGAAGAUGCAGCGUCUGAGGCGAAAAAUUCUGAUGGCGAAGAUUUUAACCUCGACGGGGAUUAUUAA